AUGAAUCCAGAUUAUCGAAUCACUUUGUAUUGCGUUACUAAAAAUAAUGUUUCCCUGAUUGCAGGAGAGGAUGGCAAUGAAAACCUAAUAGCAGAAGCCAUGAUAGCUUUCAUGACCAUCGCCUUACUUAUUUCCGUGUUCCUGCUCAACUCAAAUCGCAUUCAGAAAGCCAUUGAGAUAUGCAGGGAAUGUCUGAUUUUGCUAAAUAGCGCCGAUCAAAACAGCAAAGACAUCUUUAUAGUUCUUUUCAGCAAGAUGCUGUUUGCCUUAUACAAAAACUCUGGAAUUAUGCUUCAAACACUUGGCGAAAACCUAAGGGCGAAGGAAUAUUUUGAGAGGGCCCUUGCCAUAACUACCGAAAUUAGCGACAGAAAUGGGAGAGCAUCAUGUACUGUGUUUCUAUCGCUCGGGCAAUAUGGCGAGGCUAGAGAGAAUCUCCAAAAGGCGCUUGCCAUCAUAACUGAAAUUGGGGACAGAAAAGGAGAGGCAGGACUCUACGGAAAACUUGGUGAUUUGUUUCGGUUGCUCGGGCAAUACGACAAGGCUGAAAAGUAUCUCCAAAGAGCGCUUGUCAUCACAACUGAAACUGGCGACAGAAAUGGGGAAGCAUCAUGUUAUGGAAACCUAAGUAUUGUGUUUCAGUCGCUCGGGCAAUACGACAAGGCUCAAGAGUAUCUCCAAAAGGCGCUUGUCAUCAGAACUGAAAUUGGUGACAGAGAAGGAGAGGCAACUGACUACAGAAACCUUGGUAAUUUGUUUCAGUCACUCGGGCAAUACGACAAGGCUCAAGAGUGUCUCCAAAGAGCGCUUGUCAUCAGAACUGAAAUUGGCGACAGAGAAAGAGAGGCAACUGACUACGGAAAUCUUGGUAAUUUGUUCCGGUCACUCGGGCAAUACAACAAGGCUGAAGAGUAUCUCCACAGAGCGCUUGUCAUCAAAACUGAAAUUGGCGACAGAAAAGGGGAAGCAUCAUGUUAUGGAAACUUAGGUACUGUGUUUCUGUCGCUCGGGCAGUACGACAAGGCUCAAGAGUAUCUCCAAAAGGGGCUUGUCAUCAACACUGAAAUUGGCGACAGAAAUGGGGAAGCAGUUAACUACGGACACUUUGGUCAUUUGUUUGAGUUGCUCGGGCAAUACGACAAGGCUCAAGAGUAUCUCCAAAGAGCGCUUGUCAUCACAACUGAAAUUGGCGACAAAAAUGGGGAAGCAUCAUGUUAUGGAAACCUAGGUACUGUGUUUCUAUCGCUCGGGCAAUACGACAAGGCUCAAGAGUAUCUCCAAAAGGCGCUGGUCAUCAGAACGGAAAUUGGUGACAGAAAAGGAGAGGCAUUUGAUUACGGUAACCUAGGUACUGCGUUUCUGUCGCUCGGGCAGUAUGACAAGGCUCAAGAGUAUCUCCAAAAGGCGCUUGUCAUCCACACUGAAAUUGGCGACAAAAAUGGGGAAGCAUCAUGUUAUGGAAACCUAGGCACUGUAUUUCUGUCGCUCAGGCAAUACGACAAGGCUCAGGAGUAUCUCCAAAAGGCACUUAACAUCACAACUGAAAUUGGGGACAAAAAAGGAGAGGCAACCGACUAUAGAAAACUCGGUGAUUUGUUUCGGUUGCUCAGGCAAUAUGACAAGGCUCAAGAGUAUCUCCAAAGAGCGCUUGUCAUCGCAACUGAAAUUGGCGACAGAAAUGGGGAAGCAUCUUGUUAUGAAGAGCUAGGUGCUGUGUUUCUGUCGCUCGGGCAAUACGACAAGGCUCAAGAGAAUCUCCAAAAGGCACUUGUCAUCACAACUGAAAUUGGGGACAGGAAAGGAGAGGCAGGCAACUACGGAAACCUAAGUAUUGUGUUUCAGUCGCUCGGGCAAAACGACAAGGCUGAAGAGUAUCUCCAAAGAGCGCUUGUCAUCACAACUGAAAUUGGCAACAGAAAUGGGGAAGCAACAUGUUAUGGAAACCUAGGUACUGUGUUUCUGUCGCUCGGGCAAUACUACAAGGCUCAAGAGUAUCUCCAAAGAGCGCUUGUCAUCAAAACUGAAAUUGGCGACAGAAAUGGGGAAGCAACAUGUUAUGGAAACCUAGGUACUGUGUUUCAGUCGCUCGGGCAAUACGACAAGGCUCAAGAGUAUCUCCAAAAGGCGCUUGUCAUCAGAACUGAAAUUGGCGACAGAGAAGGAGAGGCAACUGACUACGGAAACCUUGGUAAUUUGUUUAAGUUACUCGGGCAAUACGACAAGGCUGAAGAGUAUCUCCAAAGAGCGCUUGUCAUCAACACUGAAAUUGGCGGUCGAUAUGGGGAAGCAACAUGUUAUGGAAACCUAGGUACUGUGUUUCUGUCGCUCGGGCAAUACGACAAGGCUGAAGAGUAUCUCCAAAGAGCGCUUGUCAUCAGAACUGAUAUUGGCGACAGAAAUGGGGAAGCAUCGUGUUAUGGAGAGUUAGGUGUUAUGUUUCUGUCGCUCGGGCAAUACGACAAGGCUAGAGAGUAUCUCCAAAAGGCGCUUGUCAUCAGAACCGAAAUUGAUGAUAAAGGAGGGAAAGUAGCAGAUCUUGCAAACUUUGGAAGAGUGUUUAGAGCUGUUGGAGAUUAUGAAGCCUCGGAAGUAUACUUGGAGAAAGCUUUAUCCAUAUCCAGAGAUAUUGGAGAUAGAAGAAAAGAGUUCGAAAUCCUUCAAUAUUACGCCAUUUUGUAUUUAGGGCAAUAUAAAAUCAGAGAAUCCCUUCUGUGUCUUCGUCUGUACAUUGAAAAGUAUGAGGAGCUGAGAUAUUUCUUGGGCGCCAAUGAUCAUUUCAAGACAUCAUUACUGGAGGAAUCAGGAAUAUUUCCCUACAAAAUGCUUUGUAGUUUGCUUUGUGGCACCGGAAAUGCUCGGGAUGCUCUUUAUGUUGAGGAGUUGGGUCGAGCUAGAGGCCUGUCAGACCUAAUGGUAGAGAGCUACUCGGUUGAAACGCACAACUCUGCUGAUAUACAAUCUUGGUUUGGCGUUGAGAACAUUUUUAGAAAGAAAAAUAACUGUACUUGUCUGUACAUUUCUUAUUUUCACAAUGGUCUGCAUUUGUGGAUCUUAAAAACAAGUGGAGUCCUUCACUAUAUAAGAAUAUCAGUAGAAGAGAAUCUAGUUCAGGCUGGGUUGCCCAAAGAUUUGCCUUUGAGUAAAUUUUUGGAUGAUAAUUUCCGGAGUCUUGGUAUUUUGCACGAUAAAGAUUGUGAAGAUCGGUCUUUAAAUAUGGUUAAAUUGCAACCUCUCUUCCCCGCAAAGAAGAGCUUAGCAAGAUUGCGACUCAUGGAGGAGGACGAGGAUGAGGAUGAGGACGAGAAAGUGAUUUCAAGUCUAUUUUUGUGUUACAAAAUGUUUAUUGCUCCCGUUUAUGAUUUGCUUGAGGAGCCUGAAGUCAUCAUCGUUCCUGACCGCAGUUUGUACAAAGUUCCCUUUGCUGCACUGAGUGAAAAGGAGGGAGCCGAAUACCUCUCGGAGACUCAUAGGAUCCGUGUCAUUCCUUCUUUGACAACACUCAAGAUUAUUCAAGAUAGUCCAGAGGACUAUCACAGCAACACCGGUGCCUUGAUAAUAGGCAACCCUAAGGUUGAUUGGCUGACGCCAUUGCCAGGUGCAAGAAAGGAAGCGGAGAUGGUCGGACGACUGGUGGGUGUUCCGCCUCUGGUAGGAGAAGAAGCAACGAAGCAGGCGGUGCUUGAGCGGAUAAGUUCAGUGAGCCUCAUUCAUUUUGCUGCCCAUGGUGACGCCGAAAGGGGAGAAAUUGCCCUCUCCCCCAUUCCUACUUCCAACAGGCGAAACGCUAUCCGACCACAUGAAGAUUACAUGCUGACGAUGGCUGAUGUAUCACGAGUGAAAGUCAAAGCUAAACUGGUGGUACUUAGCUGCUGUCACAGUGGAAGAGGUGACAUUAGAGCAGAGGGAGUUAUAGGAAUUGCCCGUGCGUUCUUAGGAUCCGGUGCUCGCUCGGUGUUGGUUGCGCUGUGGGCCAUUUCAGACUCAGCAACAGAGCAGCUGAUGAGUCGGUUCUACGAACACCUUGUAGAGGGAGAAAGUGCCAGUGAAUCCCUUCAUCAGGCCAUGAAGUGGAUGAGAAAAAGAAAGUCUACCAGAGUGUCUGAGUGGGCUUCGUUUACGCUGAUUGGAGAUGACGUGAGACUCGGGUUUGACAAGCAGAGAAAAGGAGACCCCGACAGAGUAAACAACGAGAAUAACUCGAGGGAAACAGAGCUAAAAGACUUUUAG